CGAGCUUAAUGAGCAGACAUGGAAGCAACAACAAGCAGCAGCGACAGUAAACCAGAAGAACAGCAGCCGACAGAUGAGGGGGCGGACGGGGACGGGGACGGGGACAGGUCCAUGUCGAGGUCUGACAGUGGGAGCGGAGACGACUCCCUGGAUGGGAUCACAAACCGUGUCCCGCGGUGCCCUUUGACUCCGUCUCUGUCACCACAGACACGGACCUCGAGCCGCUCUAAGACCGAGCCCCCUCUGCUGAGGACCAACAAACGGACCAUCUACACCGCCGGCAGACCGCCGUGGUACAACGUCACCGGGACCACCUUCAAAGAGGCGUUUGUCAUCGGUCUGUGUGGAGGAAGUGCUUCCGGUAAAACGACGGUCGCCAACAAGAUCAUUGAAGCGUUGGACGUUCCCUGGGUGGUCCUGCUCUCCAUGGACUCUUUCUACAAGGUGUUGAACAAAGAACAGCAGGAGCUCGCUGCCAAGAACGAGUACAACUUUGACCAUCCCGAUGCCUUCGACUUUGAGCUGCUGGUCACCGUCCUCAGAAAGCUGAAGAAAGGAAAGAGCGUCAAAGUCCCCGUGUACGACUUCACGUCUCACUGCAGACGAAAGGAAUGGAAAACGGUGUACGGGGCAAACGUUGUCAUCUUUGAGGGCAUCCUCGCUUUUGCCAACAAGGAGCUGCUCAAGCUGCUGGACAUGAAGGUGUUUGUGGACACAGACUCUGACAUCCGGCUGAUACGGAGGCUGAAGAGGGACAUUUCACAGCGUGGACGCAACAUCAGCGGCAUCAUCAAACAAUACAACAAGUUCGUAAAGCCGGCGUUCGAGCAGUAUAUCGAGCCCACGGUGCAGUCUGCUGACAUCGUGGUGCCCAGAGGAGGAGAAAACUUUGUAGCCCUGGAUUUGAUUGUUCAGCACGUUCACAGUCAGCUUGAAAAGCGUGAGAUCACUGUGAGAUCGGCUCUGGCUUCGGCUCACCAGGGUCAACCUUUACCCAAAACCCUCAGCGUGAUGGAGAGCACGCCGCAGGUCCGAGGCAUGCACACCAUCAUCAGGAACAAGGAGACGAACAGGGAUGAGUUUAUCUUCUACUCCAAGAGAUUAAUGAGGCUUCUGAUCGAACACGCCCUCUCCUUCCUGCCUCUCAAGCCUGUGUCGGUGGAGACACCUCAGGGUGGCGUCUAUGACGGGAAGAGGCUGAGCGGUAAACGAAUCACAGGUGUUUCCAUCCUGAGAGCAGGAGAGACCAUGGAGCAGGCUCUGAUGGCGGUGUGCAAAGACAUCAGGCUGGGAAAGAUCCUCAUCCAGACCAAUCACGACACAGGAGAACCAGAGCUUCAUUACCUCCGUCUGCCCAAAGACAUCAGCGAGGACUACGUCAUCCUGAUGGACAGCACCGUGUCCACCGGCGCUGCUGCUCUCAUGGCCGUCAGAGUGCUGCUGGACCACGAUGUAGCGGAGGAUAAGAUCUUCCUGUUGUCCCUGCUCAUGGCAGAGAUGGGGGUCCACUCGGUGGCCUACGCCUUCCCUAAAGUCCGCAUCAUCACCACCGCCGUGGACAAGGAGGUCAACGACCAGUUUCACAUCAUUCCAGGCAUCGGUAAUUUUGGAGAUCGUUACUUUGGCACCGACGCUCCGUCAGACUGGUGUGAGAGCGACGAGGGGAUGGACUUCUGAAAUGUGAGGACGUGCUGCAGCGUCGUUACAAAAAACACUCAGAGCUGUAAAAACUCCUCACAGCCUCCACACGGACGUCCUCCUGACUGACGAGGUGACGCUGUACACACGAGAGGAGUAGUAAUCAUCCACUUUUAUUCCAAAUUCAAAGAAAUCAUGAACACAGCGCUUAGUGUUUGGAUAAUCAGAAUCAGGCUUCACAUCAGUUAGCAUUCAGCUCUUAAGAGACUUUGUGGAAAGUUAAAAUCCGCUCCUCAGCUGACGUGUUUUACCAAAGUUUGCGACACACGACCUCUUUCCUGUUGGCGCUCGGCUCUGUGCGAUGACGACAAACAAACUGGAGGAAUAAGAGGACUCGUGUCUGUGUGUGAUUCUGAAUCUUACGGGAUCGUUCCUCUUCAUGAGCCAUGGAAACAGCUUAUAUGAAAUGUCGUCUUUUCAGGGCACGGGCCGGACCGUAGCUGAGUUUGUGAUCAGUGUGGAUUUUAGUUUACACUUCAAAUUAAAGGAGGCAGACUGCUUCCUGUCCUGCAGGAUGCUCGUUGGUUUUUAUCCAUAGAUGGAGAAACUAAAGCUCUGCAGUCGUUACACCUUUAUACUUCCUCAUUGAACCUCAAAAUAGGAUGACAUUGACGCUCAAGCGCUAGAUUUUUUUUUUAUAAUCCUUUCCUUAAUUUACAGCCAGCGCCUAAUCCAAGUUGUCUUCAGAUGAAUUCAGAUUUAUUCAACAUGAAAUCAAAUUCCUCAGUGUCAAUAUGAAAGCACAACAUGUGAACAAACAGCACCAGCUUUGCACACACACACAAACACACACAUGUUCUGCUCACUCUUAGCGUCUACAGUGGUGCUGGAUCACACCCUCUUAGGCCUUUAGCCUUUUUUUACACAGCCUGUAUAAGACGGGGCGGCUAAGCCUCAGCGCUAAGGUGUAAUCGGGGGGGGGAAAGUCGUUCCACCUCUGAGCCGGUGCUGCCCAUCGAGAUGUGCUACCCAUGCCGCUCUGUGCAGUACAGGGAGAAUUAUUUGAUUGGGGCUCUUCCCGUUUUUCCUCUAAAAUCUUUUAUUUUAGAGAAUGAAAACAUGCUUCUCGUUUCUUUACGGUGUGAAUGCAGUGAGUACUGGUGUUUUAAAGUGAUUCUGUACUGGGAGUAUUAUCAUGAUGGGAUCAUUGUCCAUCAAGAUACCUUUCCUCUGAAACACCAAAACAUCCUCCCCUUAUUCUGUUAAUGCAUACGGGGACACGGAUAGCGUCUGCUCUCGUUUUGCUCUAUGGUAGCAUUUUUCUUCAACAAGGCAGCACAUCUCAGAACACUGACGGUAAAACAGAGGCGUAAAAGAGGUGUAGAGGUUUCAAGCAGCGAGAGGGUCCAGAGCUGUGUACCGGUCGUGCCUCGUGUGCUUCCACAUCACUUUAACACUAUAAUGUACAAUCUCACAUUGGGACGCCAGUUUUGUGCUAAUUUGAGGUUCAAUGUAAAAAAAACAAAAAACGUAUAAAGGUAUAGUCGUUGCGGAGCUUUGUUACAGCGCUAAGGUGAAAUCUCACGGUUCUGUUACUUCCUCUGACGCUGGCUCAUGAGAGGAACGACUUCUCCGCACAUUUCCUCCUCUGUGACAUUCACAGUCCGGCCUUCAGCGGGCUGCGUGGAGGAGGCAGAAGAUACCUCAUCAUGCUGCUGCUGCUGCAUGUUCUCGUUAUGCAUCUGCAUGUUGGAGACACACCAGCUUAUGAAUAAACACAGUUUGUAUGAGAGAGGCCACCUUCGCUAUCUAAUCAGGCUGUUUGUGAAGGUCGAAGCUAAAUCUUUAGCUGAGUCAUUCAGGUUCAGAUCUAAACUGAAAGUUAUCUAAAACUUUCUCCAUAAAGUGACAUCAGAAUCUGUUAAGUUGUCUUAAAGCCGCCGUCUCUCUCACGACACUUUGUUUUGUUUACAUCACAAACAGGGUAUAAAGGUUUCUAUAUCGCGGGGUUAACCCGAUUUUUAUUUCACUGCAAUCUCAAAAACUUGAUGCUGCAAAUUUGUGCCAAUUUAAUCUAUAAUCCGAAUGCUUGAAUAUAACGUAGAUCGUGAUGCCUGUGAUGUGUUUCUGUCGCUGAAGCUGCAGAGGAAAGCAUUGAAUUCUCGUACGCUCGUUUCGGGCCGGAAGAUCUUUACAGAUAUUUCAGUAAAGUCUCGUUGCCUUCAGAGAACAGAAGUUGUAAAUAAUUAAUCUUGAAAAAAAUAAAUACAAAAAAUCCAGAUUUCCUACGACGAUGCUCUGAUGUAUCCCUGUACUUCAUAGUGUUCGAUGUUCACCCGUGCCCACCGAGAGUUUCUAUGACAACAGUCUCUAUGACAACGGCCGCUGUAUGACCGACACCGCUCCGUUACUUUUUACUGCAUGUUUUAUAUUUGAGAUUUUUUUUUUAAAUUUCCCGAUCAGACACGGAGCAAAGAGGAUGUGAGUACAAGACACGAUCUGUAGGGGAUAUCAUGCAUUUGGAAAAAGAGCGCCGGUUACGUCAACGGCGCCUUUCUGACAAGUUGUAAUCAUUUCCGGUGGCCGUUUUCCGCUGUGAACGCUCUCCUCCUUGAAAACAAUUUUUAAAAAAAGACUCUGGUGCUGAGAAAAGAAACAUUAAGGACACAGGGCCUUAUAACGGCGUAAUCUUUAAAAAUGUAAUCGUUUGUUUUUGCCCAAAGAUGUUACAUGAAAGAAAAACAACGCCUCGUAUUUAAAGACAGUUCUGUUUAUAUUAAGUCUUUGAGGACGCAGGAGAAGGUUCCUUUAGUUUAUUGUAAUAUAUUAGUGAUGUCGUUUUAAUUUUCUGUUAUAGCGUUAGAAAGGCUUCGUUCUGCUGGUGAAGCUUCAGAGGUCUGUGCUGUAAUGAACAACUCAGGCAAAGUUCACUGAAAAAAACCAACAAACAGCCCGAGGAUUUAUACUUGAACAAGAAGAGUGAUGUUAAAGGGAAACAAUCACGUGUUGUUUUAUAUUUUGUUGUUGUUUAUUUUUUAAACCAUUGCUGAAUUUUGGAUUUAAACGAUAUUAAAAUUUAAGUUUUAACUUUAUUUUGUCCGUUAAAAUCUUCACGUGGAGCUUUCUCUGCACUAAUGAGAAAAGUUAAUACAUUUUUCAAAAGGUAAAAACGUUUAACGUCAUCGUUAAAGUUUGAAGCAAUAUAUCGCUCGGCUUUAGCUGCUAAUUAGCAUGAAACAGCUGUCUAGAAAGUUUUUUUCAUUGACUUUAAGGUCACAUAUUAUGCUAAAUCCACUUCCCCGUGUUUCUCUAACACUAAUAUCCAAGUCCAUCGUCCAUCCACUUUUCAGAAAAUGUGUGCUCAAACAGGCCGCUUGGAGAUUUUCCCUUCAUGACAUCACAAAGGGCAGUAGCCCCUCCCCCAGGUGGGUGACACUCCCACAGCUAGGUGUUUGUUCUGCCCUCUGAGUCUGCCUUCUCACCGUAAACAAUAGGACAUGGAGCGAGAAAGCACCGAGUACACCCAAACCCUUCCAGAGAGGGGGCGUGGUCAGACACAGCUCAUUUACAUAUUUAAAGGUACAGACACAGAAACAGCCUGUUCUGAGCAGGGCUGAAAUAGAGGGGUUUAUAGUCAUGAUCAAAUACAGGAUCAGAGUGGAUUUAGAACAAGAAACUUCACACACAUGUUUUGAGGAGCUCUGAGACUUAUUUAAACUGAUUGAUGAGGAGGAGAAUAUGUCACCUUUAAGAUUAAAGCAGCAUUUCAUUGUGAACUGAUCAUAUUGUUGAUACAGACGUUGACCCAUAUGGAGGCUUUUAUUUGUUCUGUUAACAUUUAUUUUCUGGCUCUUUUUUUUUUACAUGUUUAUCUUAAUUUAUUUUAUGUUUUUACAGAAUUUCUUCAGUGUCACUUUACAUCAUAGUCCGUUACAGUGUUCAAAUAUGAUGUCAUUAAACUUCUGACAGAUUCAUUCCCCCGUUACCAUCGGUCCAUUUGAACAGGUUGAUUUGAAGAUGAAGCCUCGUUAACGGGACAGUUUUGACUUGACAAACGAACAUCAACUAGAACCUUCUGUUGACAACAUUCAUACAUUCAUGUUCAAAUCUGCAGGAACAACCACUCUGUAUGUCUGGAGGCUUUACUUUGACUGUUACUGCUCGUUUGUGUGUCGGUUUCUGUCUGGACCUGCUCUGUAUGUAAACUGUCAUCAGACAUGUUUUGAUUUGGAGCUUGUUAAGUUUUAUAAAUUAAAUAAAAACUGACCUGACGAUAAAGUUUUAA